AUGCAAACGUUGCUACGAAGAAACAGCGACAACGUCUUAUAUUCAAAAAAAUCGGAGUCUGCCCUCAAAUGCUCAGAUUCAAAGGAGAAACGUGUAAACAAAGUUCUCAGUCUUUGUGAAAUCGUCCGUGAACCGGAGGAGGAUCCAAAGAUAAGCUCGAAAAAGAUGAUCAAAGCGUUGAAAAGCACGAACGCGAUGGUACUGGCUCUGCAAAAGAAACCGCUUAGAUCGAUUCAGUCAUGGGGAAAUGAAUACAUGGACUGCAAUACGGAUAUACUGUGUUUACAAAAAGAUGGAUCGUUUGAAUCAGAAGCCCAUCAAGAAUUUCAUCUACUUCAUGGUACCUGCGUGGAACAGCCACGAUUUGAAUUGGAGAUUUCAUGCAGUCACUGUUCACUAGUUGCUCAAUACCGUAGUCAAUUAUUGAAGAACGAGACGGAGGGUGCAAUUAAGUUGCUGACUCGUCGUGUAGGAUCCACUAAGAAUUCUGAGAUGCUAUUGAAGCCAAUGCCAAACAUUAUUGUGUCGUCGAUUACUUCUGAUGAAGAAGACCUGACAUCUAAUCCACAUCUCCUCGUGAGCGAACGCGGUUCGUCGCUACCAGCUUCGGAACCGAGCUCCGCGUCCAGUUCGGCUUUGUCAUCGCCAUCUGUCGAACGGUAUAAUAACGAUGUCGACUUGUUCAACUCACAGUUACCACAUAAUCUGGUGCCAUCGUCACUUCUCAUACCGAACGUCUUCCUUUCACCGCACUCAGCAUCACCACCAACGCGUUCAAACUCAGUCGACCUUUCCAUUCUUGGACGAAACGCUAGACUGGUCUCAAUCAAUUCCAGAGGCACCUCUACCGAUUCUGAAGACGAGUCAUCAAUUUCAACUGAAAAUAUGAAAACAUCCAGAUCGACAAGUUGCGACCCACCAUUGACUACAUUCGUGCUCAGAAGACCUAGUCGAAUGGAAAGCUUGUCAGAUCUGCUUAGGUUGCAGAGCUUCUACAAUUAA